AAAUGGGUUAUCUGUUUGUUGAGUUAGAACAUCUUAAAGAAGAAAUAGAGAAAGAAAAUGUAAAGAAACCCCGAAGACUAAAAACUCCUACCUCUCAACUACCAAAAAACGUUGAAAAAUUCGAUUUUUCUGAAAAGGAACUUAACAAUUCAAAGGACUUCCCUUUUAACAUUUCUUUACAUGAUAACGGGUUUGCACUUGGAGCAGAUAAAUUUAAAGACCUAUACGCAGAGGGACUAUUAAUAAUAACCAACAUACUAAAAAAGCAAGAGCUAAUUCGACAAAACAAAAUUAAAAGAAACAAAGAACCUGUCGACCCUACCCUAGGAGCUCCGCGUCCGCCACGCGGCGAACUCAAAACCAAACCUCAACUUCAUCAUCGACCUCUCGCUCACAGUCAACAACCUCCAGGACAUCUUCGCGCGGCCGCUCUCAAUCACGAAACAAUUCAUCACGCCGCAAUUCCACAACCCGUGGAAGGUCCAAAUUUCGAC